CGUAGCUCACGGCAUUACUGGCAGGGAAGAAGCGAGCCACGGCAACUCUCUGGCAGCUCCCCAGCAGCAGCUCUCCCAGCCACAGGGCGAAGCGCCCGCCCCGCCGCCGCGCCGGGAAGGAGCGUCAGCUGUGAGGAAGCGCUUCCCAGCGGGCAGCGGCGGGCUCGCAAAGCCGGCGGGAGCUGUGCUCCCGCCCUGGGGCACAGGGAGCGGCAGGGAGAUGCGUGUGCGGGUCAGGGGUGGGAUCGACGGGGCAUAGCGUUUGCACGGGGGUGGGGUGGUCUCGUCGGACGGCAGUGGGGGUGUCGACUGCCAGGGAACGCGCAGGGAGAGCGGCGGCUGCAGGCGGCGGGGGAAGGGGAACCGGAGAGCGAGGGGUGGCGGUGGCGGGCGGCUCGGCUCGGUAUCGCUGCUGCCUCCGCGGUGCAUGUUUCCAUGUUUUGUGCAUGAUUUAGAGGAGAGGAGGAGUUGGCAGCGGCGGGUGUCAGCGGUAGGGAGCGGGGAUCCGCGCCGCCAGCGGCCCUACCUCUUCGCCGCUGUGUAGUACCGAGGCAGCUGCCUACCGCUUACCCUGAGGCGCCGGGCGGGACUCCCGGGCAAAGAGCGCCUGUGCCCCCAGGGCCGGUGCGGCGGCGGGGUGCGUGUGUGAGAGCGUGCGUGCGAUUUUAGGGGGGUGGGGGUUGUGUCUGAACCAGUUAGGAAGAAUGACUCUGGAGUCCAUCAUGGCGUGCUGCCUGAGUGAGGAAGCCAAGGAAGCCCGGCGGAUCAACGACGAGAUCGAGAGACAGCUGCGUCGGGACAAGCGGGACGCCCGCCGGGAGCUGAAGCUACUGCUGCUGGGGACAGGAGAGAGUGGCAAAAGCACAUUUAUCAAGCAGAUGAGAAUCAUUCAUGGAUCAGGUUACUCUGAUGAAGACAAAAGAGGCUUUACAAAACUGGUGUACCAGAACAUAUUUACAGCAAUGCAGGCCAUGAUCAGAGCCAUGGAUACCCUCAAAAUCCCCUACAAGCAUGAACAUAACAAGGCUCAUGCACAGUUAGUUCGAGAAGUCGAUGUAGAGAAGGUGUCAACUUUUGAGAAUCCUUAUGUAGAUGCAAUAAGAAGCUUAUGGAGUGACCCUGGAAUUCAGGAGUGUUAUGAUAGACGACGGGAGUAUCAGUUGUCAGAUUCAACUAAAUACUAUCUUAAUGACUUGGACCGCAUAGCAGAUACCACCUACCUGCCAACUCAGCAAGAUGUGCUCAGAGUUCGAGUCCCAACAACAGGGAUCAUUGAAUAUCCAUUCGACUUACAAAGUGUCAUUUUCAGAAUGGUGGAUGUAGGAGGCCAACGAUCAGAAAGAAGAAAAUGGAUACAUUGCUUUGAAAACGUCACAUCUAUCAUGUUCCUAGUAGCUCUUAGUGAAUAUGACCAAGUGCUUGUGGAGUCAGAUAAUGAGAAUCGAAUGGAAGAAAGCAAAGCACUCUUUAGGACAAUUAUCACAUAUCCAUGGUUCCAGAACUCUUCAGUCAUUCUGUUCUUAAAUAAAAAAGAUCUCUUAGAGGAGAAAAUUAUGUAUUCCCACCUAGUUGAUUAUUUUCCAGAGUAUGAUGGACCACAGCGGGAUGCACAAGCGGCACGAGAGUUCAUCCUGAAGAUGUUUGUAGACCUGAACCCAGACAGUGACAAAAUUAUAUACUCCCACUUCACAUGUGCUACAGACACAGAGAAUAUCCGCUUUGUCUUUGCUGCUGUCAAGGACACAAUCCUACAGUUAAACCUGAAGGAGUACAACCUGGUCUAACUGUGUCUAGGAGGCCCUCAGAAACUACGUUUGUGUGAUUGAAGAUAUACAAGAGGGACUGUAUUAUCUGUGAAAACAAUUUGCAUAAUACUAAUUUAUUGCUGGCCUGGACUCUGUGAAUGUCCACAGAGUUUGUAGUUAAUAUUAUGAUUUUAAUUUAAACUAUAUGGAGGAAAAACAAAAGAUGCUGAAGUACAUUCAUAGCACAUUCCUCAUUUUUUAGGCAAAACCUUGUGACUCAAUGUGUUUUAAAUUCUCAGUCAUACAUUACAAAGAAUAGCAGGUUUUGCUAAUGAAGCAAAAUCAAGCUGGUUUCCUCUUUCCCUGACCCUUUCUCUCUCCCUCUUUCCUCUCCCUCUUAUCUUUUACAAGGUACAGUGGCCUUUUUUUUCCCCUGCAUUCCUGGGUGGAAUGUUUUCUGUUGAAUUAUUUGGUCAGGAAAAUACUAUCAUAUGAAUUGAAAUCAUCAGUCAUUCUAAUUUUAUAGUAUGUACUUAUCUGAAGGAUCAAAAGUAUUGAUACUGUGAUUUUUAAAUUCUUGACAGGGGUGUCUUAAUUCUGUCUUCAGUUUUGGGACUAGAAUAUUUGAAUUGCAAAAUAGAAUUACAGUUAUAUAAGAUACUAAAUUUAACCAUAUUUUCACAGUUCAGAAAGAUGCAUAGAAGACAGUCAUGACGUAAUUAAGACACACCUGGGAUGUAUAUGUGUAGUGUGUUAGAAUCCUUUUGUUUGCCAUGUGCCAUUUCUUUUUCUUCUUUGAUUCAUAAAUGCCAAAUAGAAAUGUCAUAGACACUACAUCUUCCCCAGUGGCUACAGCCUGAAACAGUGGGGUGGUUUGGUUUUUUUUUUCAGUUGUGCAGGGUUUUUUCUUAAGUUAGAGCUUUUUUAAGUGUUCUUUUUCCACAAUAGAAAAAUUAUUUUUAUUGUAUAAUAUUAAUGUUGCCAAAUCUGGCUUUUUAUAAAAACA